UGAGUUGUUUACUCAGAAUUCGGACAACACUACAAAAUGGCGGACAUCCGAUAUAAUGGCCCUGUGUCCCAAAUGGCGCACUUCAUUUGGACUCCUCGUGGACUUAAAUUGCGCGUGCUCGCCAAGUCUACAAGUCCAUAGGGUGUCCCAUAUCUGUCUUUUUAGCGUCUGCUCACGAGCGCCUCCUUUGUGCCAUCGAUGCGGUCUUCGGCGAUGAAGUUACAUAUCCGGCAAUCUUUGCGAACACUCAACACAGAACGGAUGGGAGGAGUGCCGUGGAUGUCAGACAUAUUAUACGUAAACAUGAAGGAUACAUUUUUAAAUAUCGACAUCCUCGAGGACCCUCUAAUUAAGAAUGUGAUCAUCCUUCAGACAGUUUUACAAGAGGUUAGACACAGAAGUGCCACAGUCUACAAAAGAAUUAAGGAUGUUGUUCAUGACAAGGAAAAGCAUUUCUACACCUUUACCAAUGAACAUCACAGGUAUACAUUCAUUGAGCGAGAACCAGGAGAGAGCGCUAACGAUCGCAACGAUCGAGCCAUCCGUGUCGCUGCUAAAUGGUACACGGAUCACCUUGUCAAAGCGACCUGGGGUCGCACACUAAAAGUGGUUCUGCUGACCAAUGAUCGGGCCAACAAAGAAAUGGCAGAACAGCAUGGUCUACUAGUGUACAAAUGUGAUGAAUACAUCAAGAGCUUGAGUGGAAACCCUGAGCUGGUUGACAGACUUGCAUUGACAUCUGAUGAUCAGAAUGACAUCACUGGAAGUAAGUUACUGUUUUCAGAGCACCUGCCAUUAUCAAGGAUCCAAGCUGGCAUUAAGAACGGUGUACUCCUUCAGGGUACAUUCCAUGCCAACAGAGAUAAUUAUCUGGAGGGAACAGUCUUAAUACAGCAAGAUGAGAAAGAUGUAACUGAGGUUCUACUUCAAGGCCUUCAGAACAUAAACCGAGCUGUGCAUUUGGAUGUAGUGGCUGUUGAACUCUUUCCAAAAGAUUGCUGGGUCGCUCCCUUAUCUGUUGUACUACAGGAUGAUGGUCCAAAUGAUGAAGAUGCUGAGGAAGAUGAGGCUCAGAAUAAGUAUUUACAGAUCUUGACAUCAAAGUCUAUUGUUCGAAAGCCCACUGGACAAGUGGUGGGUAUUAUUAAAAGGAAUUGGAGGCCUUUUUGUGGGAUGCUGUCUCCGUCACAGAUCAAAGAGGCAACAAGACAUCUUUUCACCCCAGCAGACCGACGAAUCCCACGUAUCCGUAUUGAGACCAGACAAGCUGCUACUCUUGUGGGACAAAAGAUUAUGGUUGCUAUAGAUGGCUGGCCCAAGAGCUCUAGAUACCCAAAUGGUCACUUUGUAAAAAGCUUAGGUACUGCUGGGGAUAAAGACACAGAGACAGAGGUGCUGCUUUUAGAACAUGAUGUUCCUCACCAGCCUUUCUCCCAAGCUGUGCUCAGCUUUCUACCCAAAAUGCCAUGGAGCAUAACUGAGAAGGACAUGAAAGUCAGAGUAGAUCUCCGACACCUCUGUUUGUGUAGCGUGGACCCUCCUGGCUGUACGGAUAUCGAUGAUGCUCUUCAUAGCCGGGAACUGGAGAAUGGAAACAUAGAGGUCGGUGUCCACAUAGCAGAUGUCAGCCAUUUUAUCCGACCAGGAAAUGCAUUAGACCAAGAGGCAGCCGAAAGAGGCACCACAGUUUACCUUUGUGGGAAGAGAAUUGACAUGGUCCCUGAACUGCUUAGUUCCAAUCUGUGCUCCCUGCGGUCCAAUGUCGAGAGGUUAGCAUUUUCGUGCAUUUGGGAGAUGAACCACAAUGCUGAAGUCCUCAAUAUUUGCUUUACAAAGAGUGUCAUCAACUCAAAGGCCUCCCUUACCUAUGCAGAGGCCCAGAUGAGAAUUGAUGAUACCAACAUAAAUGAUGACAUCACAAAAAGUCUGCGAUGCCUUAACAAAUUGGCCAAGAUUUUAAAAGGCCGGAGGACUGAAAAGGGAGCACUGACCCUCUCGUCUCCUGAAGUACGUUUUCACAUAGACAGUGAAACCCAUGAUCCCAUAGAUCUGCAGACCAAAGAACUAAUGGAGACUAAUUCUAUGGUGGAGGAGUUCAUGUUGUUAGCAAAUAUCUCUGUAGCACAGAAGAUCUAUGAUGAGUUCUCAGAGUGUGCUGUACUCAGGAAACAUCCUUCACCACCACCAUCCAGCUAUGACAUCCUAUUUAAGGCUGCGAAAUCAAGGAACCUUGUCAUCCUCACAGAUUCUGCGAAAGCUCUUGCCGAUUCCCUGAACAAUGCAACAAUUGAGAGUUUUCCAUACUUUAACACCCUUCUCAGGAUUCUGGCCACCCGAUGUAUGAUGCAGGCUGUGUAUUUCUGCUCUGGUAUGGACAGUGAUUUCCACCAUUAUGGUCUGGCCUCACCCAUUUACACACACUUCACAUCACCUAUCAGAAGGUAUGCGGAUAUCAUAGUUCACCGUCUGUUAGCGGUGGCUAUUAAUGCAGACACCACAUACCCUGAUUUAAUGGACAAACACAAGCAAGCUGCCCUGUGCAACAACCUCAACUACAGGCACAAAAUGGCUCAGUAUGCACAGAGAGCCUCAGUGGCUUUCCACACUCAGCUGUUUUUCAGGAAUAAGGGAAUAAUCAAUGAGGAAGGCUUCAUUCUGUUUGUAAGAAAAAAUGCUAUCAUAAUCCUUAUUCCCAAAUUUGGAUUGGAGGGCACGGUCUUCUUUGAGAACAAGGAUAAACCCAGUCCUGAUCACAGCUUUGACUCGGAGGGUCCGACGCUAACAGUGGAAAAACACACCUUUCACAUGUUUGAUAAAGUCAAAGUGACUAUCAGCCUUGAUGCUUCCAAUAUCCAGCACCAAAGGAUCAGAAUGGCACUCAUUGAACCUGUAAUCCCUGGGGUUAGUGUAGCUGUGACAGAGUCAGAACCAGAGGCCAAAAAACCUAAGCUAGACCGCUAACAUUCUGAGCACCAGGAACAUGCAGUUUGUUUAUCUUUGCCAAUUUUAGAGGAAUCUAAAAAACAAGUACAAUUUGUAUUUUUUUUUCAAUGUUUAUCCUAACAUUUUUCCUUCGCUUGUUUUAAAACACGGUAAACCACUGUCUGCAUACUACGGAAUUAUAGUAAGUGCUAGUUUCUUUUUUUAGCCAUUAAGACUGAUUUAAUAAAUGGACAUUUAUUCACCACUGCACGACACAGCCCAGGAUCUGUGAUUCAUUGUCAACUAUGAGAUCAUAAAAAAUAUAUUGUUUUUAAAAG